CCUUCCCCGCGCGUCCCACGCGCCCUGCGCGCAACCCCAGCCCCGCGCGCCGCCGGAGUUCCGCGUGGUUGGCCCGCCCGGCGCCGUCGGUCCCCCUGCGCACUGUCUUCCGCGUUCCGCCGCGGCCCCUCCGGGCGCCCCCGCCCCGCCGCCCGGGCCCCGCGCCAUGGCCGGAGCUCCCGGGGCGCCGCGCUGACGGCGGCCGGCGGAGCGCGCCAUGCCAAGCAGGACCGGCCCCAAGAUGGACGGGAGCAGCGGCCGCGUCCGCCUCAAGGCGCACUACGGAGGGGACAUCUUCAUCACCAGUGUGGAUGCCGCCACCACCUUCGAGGAGCUCUGUGAGGAAGUGAGAGACAUGUGCCGCCUGCACCAGGAGCACCCACUCACCCUCAAGUGGGUGGACAGCGAAGGUGACCCUUGCACGGUGUCCUCCCAGAUGGAGCUGGAGGAGGCUUUCCGCCUGGCCCGUCAGCACAGGGACGAAGGCCUCAUCAUCCACGUGUUCCCGAGCACCCCCGAGCAGCCAGGCAUGCCGUGUCCGGGAGAAGACAAAUCCAUCUACCGCCGGGGAGCCAGAAGAUGGAGAAAACUGUACCGUGCCAACGGCCAUCUCUUCCAAGCCAAGCGCUUUAACAGGAGAGCGUACUGUGGCCAGUGCAGUGAGAGGAUAUGGGGCCUCGCGAAGCAAGGCUACAGGUGCAUCAACUGCAAACUGCUGGUCCAUAAGCGCUGCCACGGCCUCGUCCCGCUGACCUGCAGGAGGCAUAUGGAUUCUGUCAUGCCUUCCCAAGAACCUCCAGUAGACGACAAGAACGAGGACACCGACCUUCCUUCUGAGGAGACAGAUGGAAUUGCUUACAUUUCCUCAUCCCGGAAACAUGACAGCAUUAAAGACGACUCCGAGGACCUUAAGCCAGUUAUUGAUGGGAUGGAUGGAAUCAAAAUUUCUCAGGGGCUUGGGCUGCAGGACUUCGACCUAAUCAGAGUCAUCGGGCGCGGGAGUUACGCCAAGGUUCUCCUGGUGCGGUUGAAGAAGAACGACCAAAUUUACGCCAUGAAAGUGGUGAAGAAAGAGCUGGUGCACGAUGACGAGAAUGUUUUCCUCAUCCCAAAAGAAGACCCUCUUCCCACUGCCCGCUUCCGCUCUUCGUCAGCUCCUGUGGCCUCCGAUCAGCCUUCUGCCUCUGCAGACGUCCCACUUCUGCGAAAUUUACAGAAUGGAGUCUCUGUGAGCUUGGUGUCUGGCUUCUUCAGGGGCCGUCCGCAUGGCCGCCCGCCUCAGGAUAUUGACUGGGUACAGACAGAGAAGCACGUGUUUGAACAAGCAUCCAGCAACCCCUUCCUGGUUGGGCUACACUCCUGCUUCCAGACCACAAGUCGGCUGUUCCUGGUCAUUGAGUACGUCAACGGCGGGGACCUGAUGUUCCACAUGCAGAGGCAGAGGAAGCUCCCCGAGGAGCACGCCAGGUUUUACGCAGCUGAGAUCUGCAUUGCCCUCAACUUCCUGCACGAGAGGGGGAUCAUCUAUCGGGACCUGAAGUUGGACAACGUCCUCCUGGAUGCGGACGGGCACAUCAAGCUCACAGACUACGGCAUGUGCAAGGAAGGCCUGGGCCCUGGAGACACGACGAGCACUUUCUGCGGAACCCCAAAUUACAUCGCCCCCGAAAUCCUGCGGGGAGAGGAGUACGGGUUCAGCGUGGACUGGUGGGCGCUGGGCGUCCUCAUGUUCGAGAUGAUGGCUGGGCGCUCCCCGUUCGACAUCAUCACUGACAACCCAGACAUGAACACAGAGGACUACCUUUUCCAAGUGAUCCUGGAGAAGCCCAUCCGGAUUCCCCGGUUCCUCUCCGUCAAAGCCUCCCACGUUUUAAAAGGAUUUUUAAAUAAGGAUCCCAAAGAGAGACUCGGCUGCCGGCCACAGACUGGAUUCUCUGACAUUAAGUCCCACGCGUUCUUCCGCAGCAUAGACUGGGACUUGCUGGAGAAGAAGCAGGCGCUCCCUCCAUUCCAGCCACAGAUCACAGACGACUAUGGUCUGGACAAUUUUGACACCCAGUUCACCAGUGAGCCCGUGCAGCUGACCCCGGAUGACGAGGACACCAUAAAGAGGAUUGACCAGUCGGAGUUCGAAGGCUUCGAGUACAUCAACCCGCUACUGCUGUCCACGGAGGAGUCCGUGUGAGGCUGCGGGCAUCUCUGUUGUGGACACGCGGGAUUGACCCUUUAACUGUAUCCUUCACCACCGCAUAUGCAUGCCAGGCUGGGCACGGCUCCAAGGGCAGCUGGGGAUGGACGCUCGCGCCGAGACUGCGGAGGAAGUCGCAAGCGCUGCUGGAGCGGAACGGCCCUUCGUGCCUGGGCCCAGCAGACCAGCUCCGCGCCAGAGGAACUUGCUGCUGCGCCUGCGUCACAGCGGACCGUGGGACCCUGCCGAGGGGCUGUCGUGCAGUUCCGGAGGUGCACAUCUUCCACAGAAACACAACUCCGUGCACUGAUCUGCUGCGCCAGGAAAGCGAGCGUGUAGCGUCCUGAGGAAUAAAAUGUUCCGAUGAUGUCGAA